AUGUUACAUCAGCUGAUGAUCCAGCAUCCAACCCUCUUCAGUCCCUUAAAGGGCUUCAUCUGCCGCCCCCACUCCUCCACCUCAGCCGUUGGUCGGUUGAGCCCCAGACAUGCUCAGGUCUUAGCAGGCCGCCCGUCUCGUCUCUGGAUCCAGGCCUGUCUGUAUAGCCCUCCGAUGGCCUUAACCGAGGAGAGAGGAAGCAGCGCAGAGAACGAGAAACACAAAAGGCAGAUGGAAGAAGAGGAAUGGAUGGAAACAGUGCAGAAGCUUGAUAGGACGGCUACAAAGAUGGAGCUUCCUCUCUGGUUGUGCAAAGGUCUGUAUGAGAGGAAGAGGAAGGUGCUGUCUGUGGAGCUUCCCAAGGUGUACAGAGAGGGUUGGAGGACCGUCUUCACGGCUGACCCCAAUGUGGUCGACCUGCAUAAAAUGGGGCCCUACUACUACGGUUUGGGAUCCCAGAUGCUGCACUUCGACAGGCCAGAGAAUCCAGACAUUGCAAAGGCACUGUUGCAGACGUUCGUCGGCCGGUUCAGACGAACCAUGGACUCCUCCCAGAACGCCUACAACGAGGACACUUCUGCGCUGGUGGAGCGUCUGGACAGCCUGGAGAAAGUUCUGUUCAGGUCCGGUCAGAACGGCCUGAACAGCUUUCAAAGCUGGGAGAAGGGUCGGGCCUCGCAGCUCACCGCCUCCAGUCUGGUUCUCAACUACCGCAAGAGGAAGCUGUCCGAUGUUCAGACCUGAACUCAAACGGCUUUAUUACGUCAGAACUCGAGCAGGAACAGACUCUGAUGAGCACCGUGAUUUAUUCUUAAUAUUUAUUUCCAUUCAGCAGCUCUACGGACACGUAUCAGUAAAGAUUUCACAGCUUUACAA